AGGUUGUGUUCAGAAGGAUGUGUUUAACCCAAGUUGCUGGGUGGUCAAGAGGGGACAUGCCUCUGUGAGACACCGCUGGAAACCAAUGCUCUGCUGCCAUGCCUCCUGGGAUGGGGUGUCGUCUUUCGGUGUUAGAAGUCCAAACACUGCUGACUCUCCUGCUGCUAGCCGCCGGCUGGCCAUUCACCUCAGUACCUAGAGGUGUUGUUGAAGCAUCAGACUCUUCCCCCUCCAGUCUUUAUCCCACCUUCAUCAGGAAUGACACUCUGUUCGAGCACUUGGCCCUGCAUCCAGACCCCAUUGUGGGUCUGGUCUACAUCGGGGCCCGGGAUCACCUGUUCCAGUUGGAUCGAUUCCUGCAACCUGAACUUCAGGAGGACACGGGACCUGUCAUAGACAGCUGGGAGUGCUUACCUCCUGUAACCGACAGCAACUGCCCUCUGGCUAAGCUCACCAGCAACCACAACAAGCUCCUGCUGGUGGACCCGUACUCCAUGGAACUUAUUACCUGUGGGAGCGUCAACCAAGGGAUCUGCCAGAAACGAAGUCUGGACUCAGUGAAUCUGGUACUUUUUUCUACAGAGAGGCCAGUAGAUACUCAAUACGUAGCAGCUAACCACCCAAACGUCAGCACUGUGGGACUGGUGGUUCGCUCUCAUCCUGAUAGGCAGCCAGUACUGUUUGUGGGGCGGGGUUACACUAACAGCCACCCACCCAUUUCCACGCGAAACCUUGCCCAGGGUUCAGUCUUCUCUUACGAGGAGACCGCCAAGUUGGCUGUGGCUGGCCGUCUCUCAGAAUACGACCAUCAUUUUGUAGCAUCCUUUGCCCACCGUCACCACGUGUACUUCCUCUUCUACAGGCGGGACCUAAAGUCACAGUCACGCGAGUACCGCACCUACGUGUCCCGUGUCUGUUUGGACGACCAGGCCUAUUACUCAUACGUGGAAGUUCCCUUGACAUGCCGUUCAAGGGCAGGGAAAGUUUACAACCUCUUGCAAGCUGUCCAGCUCGGGAUCACCCAGGACGGUACAGACAGUCAGGGAUCAGAAGUUCUUCUUGGUGUCUUCUCCACUCGUUCGGCUUCAUCUAGUCAACCAAGUGAGGACUCUGCCCUCUGCAUGUUUAACCUGGAAGAUGUGGACCUCAGGAUUAACUCCACCAGAGACUUGUGCUACACACAGAUGGGUAAAGAAUUGGGAUUGGAGGCAGCCUACAUCGAGUAUGAAGUCAAAUCCAACUGUGCCAACCUGCCAGAGAACACUCUGGAAGCGUACCCCUGCGGCUCGGACCACACCCCCAGCCCGAUGGCCAGCAGGACGGCCGUGGAGGCAGAGACCAUAUUGGACAGUCCGUCCGCCCGUCUCACUGCUGUGGCUGUCAGCGUUAGGGCGGGACAUACCAUCGCCUUCCUGGGAGACUCCAAAGGGAACCUGCACAAGGUGUUUCUGGGGCCGAACGGAGAAGUGGAGGAGUUUUCAGUCAUCUCCAUUCAGCCGAACACAGCCAUCGGGGCAGACCUGAUCCUGGACCAGAAAGAGGAACAUAUCUUCAUCAUGACUCAAAACAUGCUGCAGAAGAGGCCCGUGGCUGAAUGCCAGCAUCACCCAGACUGCCACUCCUGCCUACUGGCCCACGACCCCUACUGCGGCUGGUGUGUCCUGGAGGGCAGGUGUGUGUUGCAGGCGCAGUGCUCUCGGGGGCAGCAGCCGGGUCAGUGGCUGUGGAGCUUCGACAUGGAGCAGCAGUGUCUGGCGGUGCAGGAGCUCCACCCCUCCAACAUCAGCCGGGAGGAGAGCAGGACGGUGUCAGUGUCCGUCGCAGGACUCCCGGUGUUGGAGAAAGGAGAGAGCUACGCCUGCUUCUUCCAGAACAGCCACAGUCCUGCCUCCGUCACUGAGGGCGGAGCCACCUGCCAUUCUCCUGACAGAGGCCGGGUGCCCAGGGUCCCCGCAGGACAGGACUUUGUCACCGUCCCUCUGUCUCUUCGCUUUGGCGACGUCACGGUCACAUCGAGGGAUUUCACCUUCUACGACUGUACGGCUGUGAAGCAGCUGUCUGGCAGCAUGCCAUGCCGGGGCUGUGUUUUGAGCCGGUGGGGAUGUAACUGGUGCGUUCACCAGCACCUGUGCACCCACAAGCCCACCUGUGAGGAGGGUGUGAUCAUCUACAACCAACAUUUCAAACUCCCCACCUCAGCUCCUCCCACUAUCAAACCGAUAAAAGUCAUCACAACUAGCACAACCGCUGCCAUGACAACCACCACCAUCCUAACAACAACAACUAUUGCUACAACAACGACAACCGCCGCCCCCGUCACCGUAGCAACCACUCAGGAGCCAACCACCCCCCCUGCACCCACGACUCCACCUGCAACCACUACCAGGAUUGAGCCAACCACCCCACCUCUGCCUGCCAGCACCCUCCCCUCUACCACGGCUCCACCCACUACACCCGCCCCCCCAGAGCUCACUACCCACCAGCAGGAGGAGCUUUUUGUUGUCUCCCAAAGUGUAACACCCAGUGUCACCGUGGCAGCCACGCAGUUGGUGCCAGUCACCAUUGCUGACGGUGUCGAGGAAGACCUGGACCCUGCGGUACCUUUGAUCCUCCCUCCAUAUGAGGAGGAUUCCACCCCCCUGGAGGUGAUGACGGGUUCUCCCCACAGCGGCACUCAGGAAGCCAAGGGAGCUUUGAGCCUGGCCGAGCCCCCCACCCCUCCCUCGUCUGGCUUCCCCCUGCCCACACCCUUCUCUGUGGGUGACCCCGACGACUCAGAGCCCCCUCCUGACCUGAGCCAGACCACUACUCUGAUGCCCACGCAGGACUCCAGCACUCAGGCAGGGGGCCCAGGCAGCGACACUGAGGUUCUCCUCGAUCCCAUAGAAGAAGAGGACGUCCACACUGAGAGCACUGCACUGUCAGAAAACGACACGGCAACAUUUUCUGCUGCCACCGUGCUCUCAGGUGACGGUGAGGUGGACCACGCCCCCCCGUCCUACCCUCACCUGUUGGAGACUGACUCAGAGCUGGACUACCAGUAUGAUUCAGUUGACGCCUUCCUCCCGGGGGACGAAGGCUCCUACGUCAGCUGGGGGUCCUCAGCGUGUCCCUGUGUGGAGAAGGUCCAGGGUUCAGCGCUGCUCCCUGUCAGAGUGGAGAGGAAAAUCACCUUACUGGCACGCAACCUGCACCUCUACCAGGAGGCAGACCUGGACUAUGAGUGUGUGUUGGUCAUCGAGGGGCAAACGGUGGUGGUGGACGCCUACGUAGAAACUGAUGACAUGAAUCCAUCCAACUUUGACAUCACCUGUCAACUGCACCAGUACACAUAUUCUGCUCCGGUGGAGGAAUACAAUGCCAUGGUGUAUGUGAAGAGGAGGGACACCUUCCAUGUGGACAGCUCUCCUGAUCUGUAUGUGACUCUGUACAACUGCUCGGUGGGCCGCUCUGACUGCAGCCGCUGCCACACCGCAGACCAUAAGUACGGCUGUGUGUGGUGUGGGGGGGCUCAGGCCAGCUGCUUGUAUUCACAGUCCUGCAGUGAACCCGUGCAGCAGACAUGCCCCGCCCCCGUCAUCCACUCGAUUGAGCCCCUCUCUGGCCUGCUGGAGGGCGGCACCAUGGUAACCAUCUCCGGCUCCAACCUGGGCCAGAAGGCAGAAGACAUCCUGCACUCUGUGUCAGUCGCAGAGAUUUCCUGCACCGUCAUCCCCAGCCUCUACGAGGUCUCCUCCAGGAUUGUGUGCAGGACCAGAGCCAGUGGAGGAGAGAGGGCGGGGCCUGUGUCUGUAACCGUGAGCGGAGGAGAGUUAGGGCGCUCCCCCCAGACCUUCAGCUACCAGGACCCAUUUGUGAUGGGGGUGUCUCCUGAACGGGGGCCCAAAGCUGGAGGGACAUCCCUGACCAUCACAGGCCGAAACCUGCUGACAGGACGUCCUUCUGACCUCACCAUCACAGUGGGGGGGGUGCCCUGCGAGAU